AUGGCUGACCCCAAGACUGAGGAAGCAUACGUCACACGACCUAUAUACAAGGUCUAUAAGCGACGAUUCUGGGGUCUUGCGCAGCUGGUCCUGCUCAACAUCGUCGUCAGUUGGGAUUGGUUGACAUUCUCAUCCAUCUCGGGUACGGCCGCAGAGUACUUUCAAGUAUCGGAGAGCGCGAUCAACUGGAUGAGCACUGGUUACCAAUUCGCAUUCUGCACUGCCAGCCCAUUCGUCAUCUGGGUUCUGAACAAAGGCGGUCCCAAGCCCGCUAUCAUAAUCAGCGCAACCCUUUUACUCGUCGGGAACUGGCUGCGCUAUGCUGGUACCAGGGCUAAUGGUGGUAUCUUUGGGCUCGCCAUGUUCGGCCAGAUCUUGAUCGGUCUGGCGCAACCCUUCUGCCUGUGUGCGCCCACGCGAUACAGCGACCUCUGGUUCUCCGACAAAGGAAGGACCAGUGCCACUGCUGUUGCCAGCUUGGCGAAUCCGUUGGGUGCGGCAUUGGGUCAGUUAAUUGAUUCAGAGUGGGCGUCCAAGCCCUCAGACAUUCCUAAUAUGGUCUUAUACAUCUCUGUCAUCUCCUCUGUCGCAUCUAUUCCAUCAUUUUUCCUACCAGCUGCACCCCCGACCCCGCCCAGCGCAUCAUCUGCCAUCCCUCGCACACCAUUGAUCCCAGCCACGCGACAACUACUAGGCACUGUAGAGUUCUGGCUAAUUCUCAUCCCUUUUGCCGUAUACGUGGGGUUCUUCAACAGCGUCUCCUCGCUGCUUAAUCAAAUUCUCGAACCAAAUGGCUUCUCCGAGACCGAUGCCGGCAUCGCAGGCGCCAUCCUAAUCGUUGUGGGUCUGGUUGUAGCAGCUGUGGUAUCACCUCUCACAGACCGAUUUAAACAUUAUCUUGGCUCGAUCCGUAUCUUGGUUCCCAUCGUGGUAGCCUCUUAUAUCGGGUUGAUCUUUGCCCCAUCCAGUCCGGCAGGCAUUGCGCCGUCAUACGUCGUCAUGGCGCUCAUGGGCGCUUCUUCUUUUUCACUGCUUCCUGUCGUGCUGGAGUAUCUGGUUGAAAUCACGUAUCCGUUUUCUCCAGAGAUUGGGAGUACCAUCUGCUGGACGAGUGGUCAACUGCUUGGGGCGUGCUUUAUCCUUAUCCAGGAUGCGCUCAAGGCUAGCGGCAAUGCUACCCCAGCAUAUAAUAUGCGGAAUGCAUUGAUUUUUGCAUGCGUUGUAUGUGCUGCCGCGGCACCAUUCCCGUUGUCGCUUGGCCUCUUCGGUAGAACUGUGACGCGGCGGAGGCUAGAAAUUGAUCGUGGAAUCGAGUUGCAGGGGUCAGUAUCCCCACCCGAGGAGAAGAAAGAUGGACUGAGUAAAGAGAUUCCCCGGCAGGUAUCAGCUUCUACGUUAGAUGACACUGUCAAGUUGGCUUGA